GAGAGAGAGAGAGAGACUCACUCCUCCUUCAGUCUCUCCAGCCACGCACACACUGGCAGAGCUGCUGUCUGCAGUGUGGUGUAGUACAGUACAGAGAUAUCUGAGAUUUCUUCAGCCACUCUUUUAAAGUCUUAAAGGGGGAUCGGACGGCGAACAAGACAGAGAGAGAGAGAGAGAGAGAGAGAGAGAGAGAGCGAAAAGAAAAGUCCUGUGGAAACAAGACGAGGCGACGUUUGUUUUGGUUUAUUUACUUUAACUGUGUGAGCCAGCAGGACAGAGAUGAUGGAGACCAAACUCUGGGCUGCCCUUUGUGCGCUACUGCUCGUUAACUUGGGAUCAGCUGACCAUGUUGGUGACCAUACCAAUCCUUCCUCUGGUACUGAGGCUUCAUCUGCAGACUCUGUUUCUAGCCUGAACAUCAGCCAAGCUGUUACCACACCUUCAACGAAUGGCUCCGACACAACUCCAAGUUCAAGUGUCACCAGCAGUUUGAUCAACAGCACAAGUACAGAAGAACAGAAAGCUCUCCCUCUGACACCCGAACCAAAGAAAGCUAAUGAUACCGACAUCGUUCCUCCCCCAAAGGCUGAUAAUUUGACAGAUCAUUCGACAACACAGCCUCCAAUUCCUGCUUCUGCGAGCCACACCCCCACCUCUCACAUCCCCGUUACCGCCGUCGCCAUCAACGCCACACAUCCAGCUCACCCUGCCCCUGUAGACGCCACCCAGAGCACCACACUGUCCACAAACACAACAUCCCAUGUUGAACCUACACUUCCUCACUCCACCAACCAGACCACUCACCCUAAAACACACUCAUCCACUUCUGUCCCGACACCUGAGCCAGCAACUACCACUACUACCACCAUCUCUCAGGACAACUCAACAUCCAGCACCAGCUCAUCUCACGAGACCCUCAGUUCUGUGUCGCCGACGCUCACAUCCCCGCAGAAGACUUCACAGCCCGACGAACAUGCUGAGACCUCCAGCACAGCCCGCCAAACGUCUACUACCACUCCCAUCCCGAAAAUCCAUGACAACCCCUCCCCCCUCAACGUUGGGGGUGACACAACGAUGGUCCACGAGUCUCCCAAAUUAGACCCUCUCCUGGCUGGCCUGGUGUCAGCCUUCAUCAUCACCGCUGUUAUCAUCACUCUGCUCCUCUUCCUCAAACUGCGCCGGAGAGACAACAGACCUGAGUUCCGCAGGCUGCAAGAUCUACCUAUGGACGAUAUGGAAGAGGACACACCCUUGUCCAUGUACAGCUACUGAUGGAGGCACGAUUUCAGUUCUUGGGCGCCCAAAUAUUCUCCUUGAAUCCAGGCUCAUGCUGCAGCGGCUGUCAAACCUGGUUUCUCUUCCUUAAUCUGCAACCAUACAGAAAGAAUUCUGGGUAGGUGUGAGCAAAGCUGUGGAUUGCUUUCAUUUAUCCAGAACACUGACAUGUAGGAAAGGACAUGUUGAAGCUGCAAUGGACAAUGAAGAUAUCACUCGCGUUUGGAUUGUUUUGGCUAUUUUUGUGUGUGUAAUUACAAGUUAGGGCCAGCGCCCCUGUUUAAUACUGUGUGCUUAAAGUUUUUCAGCCCAUCUUUUUUCGGGUAUGGGAGGUGUAUAAUACAUUUUUGAUUUCCUUAGAUUUGAAAAGGGUAGGUAUGAAGCAGGAGGCAACAUAAUCAGAUGUAUCCAUCAUUUAGAUGGGUCGCACCUGGACACAGAUUCAGCCUGUCCUGGCUAGACACACACACACACACACAGGAAAGAAAUGAACAUAACAAGCAAGCCUGAUAUAGUGUUAAAGAGGUUGCACUUUACUUUUUCAGGAGUGAGGAAAAAAAAGAAAAAAAAAUGUUUGUGUAUGAGAAAAUUUGAGUUUCGUGUGCACACGUAAGUGCAGACAUAGCAGUGUAUGUGAGUCUGUUAAAAGAUGUAUGGAUGGAUUUUUGGAGGCAUGGCAGGGGAUAUUUUAAGUGUUUUCUCUUUUCUUCUUCAGUUUUCUGUUCUUGAAGAUCCUGCUGCCUGCUUUUGGCCUGAUUUUGAUAUGUGCAGUGUGUUGUUGUUUUUUUUUUUGUUUGUUUCUUUCCCGGGGUCUUGUAUCCAGGAGAGAGUGCCUUACACAGUAUAGGAACAGCUCUUAUUGUAUAUUUAUAUUCAAACCAAUUAACUUCCAGAUUUGCCACUCAUUCCCAGUUCUUUCCCAUACGAUUCCCAUUUAAAAAAACGCACACUCCGGGGCGAGGUAGCUGCUCCGACUUGCCCUUAGUUGAAGACUAGCCUUGGGCCAUGAGGCACUCAUUCAUACAAUGACAGUUGCAGAAAUUGGCCAGUGGCCUUUCCACACAAUGUUAGCAUUGUCCUGUGCAUGGUAAAUACUACUGAUGAUUGCAUCAUGCAAAGACAACUUCAUCUUCAAGUCUUCAUCUUAGUUGCUGCUUUAGCGUUUUUUGCAAACAUAUUGAAAAUGUUACCUGGACUGACCUGACAGCACCUUGUUCUCUCAGUAGACAAGCUCACAAAUGUUGACUGUGCAUCAGCCUCGCUGUGUUUGUUCUGCAAAUAUGCAGGAAAAUGUGAGCGGAAGCGAGACAGAUAAAAGACUACAGAACAACCCACACUGAUAGAAACCAAUACUUGUGUUCACAACUCAUCUUUGUAUGAAAAAUACACCCUGGUGACAAGCUGAAGGAAAAAAACAUGUCUUUGUAAGGCUGAAGACGUUCCCUCACUUACUGUUUUGAGCGUUUUUUCCCCCUUCGUCACCCAACUUUACAUCCAAUUCUAAAUUAUACACUUGAGAGGGCGGAUAUUGGUGUUAGUAAAUAUUCUGAAUGCAUAAUGAGGCUUUGCUGCCAGAUGUGGAUUAUUGGACUGUGUGUUUUAUGAUUAAAAGUAUUUUGAAACAA